AUGAAACCCAAAAUCCUAACCCUAACCGGCGACGUCAUGCUCGGCCGCCUCAUCGACCAACUCCUCCCGCACCCCGUCCCGAACGCGCCCCCCUCCGAACGCAACCUAAUCCCACACCUCCGCCUCCAACACGCCCACCUAAAGAACUACACGCCCUCCUCCCCCUGGGGCACCGCCCUCCCUCUCCUCCUCCACGAAUCCGACCUAACCCUCAUCAACCUCGAAACAGCAGUAACGAACACAUCCUCACCAUGGCCGAACAAGGUCUUCAACUACCGCGCGUCGCCGGAGAACGCGUGUGCCGUGCUGCGCGCGGCGUGUGUUGAUUAUGCGGGGCUGGCGAAUAAUCAUGCGGCUGAUUUUGGGGAGACGGGGUUGGAGGAGUCGGUUUGGGCGGUUAGGGAGCGGGCGGGGGUUGCGAGUGCAGGGGCGGGGAGGGACCCUGCGGAGCCUGCUGUUUUGCGGUUUCCUAGGCUUGCAUCCGCUGGUGGUGGUGGUGGUGGGGAGAAGAUGAAGCAGGGGGAGGAAGGGGGAGAAGGGCUCACUAUCCAUGUAUACGCCGCAUCAGACCACCCCACAGCAUGGGCAAACCUGCCCACCUUCCACUUUAUAGACUACAGCGCAGAGACGCGCGUGCGGCUCAAGACACUCUUGACAGGGUCAUUUCCCUUCCCCUCCAGCGGUGAACAGCCGCAGCAACAGGCACAACCAGACAUCAAAAUAUUCUCUGUCCACUGGGGCCCAAACUACACCUGGCAGCCCGCAUCCGAAAUCCAACACCUAGCACACUUCCUCAUCGACGAGUGCGGCGUGGACAUUGUACACGGACACUCCGCGCACCACGUGCAGGGCGUGGAGGUGCACAAGGGGAAGCCCAUCAUCUACGGGUGUGGGGACUUUGUGGAUGAUUAUGCGGUUGAUAGGCGGUUUCGGAAUGAUCUGGGGGGUGUGUGGAGGGUUGUUUUCAAGGAGGGAGACGAGGGGGAUGAGGUGGGGAGAGCGAGGAAGAGCAGGUUGGUGAUGGAUAGGGUGGAGGUGUUUCCGACAAAGUGUGAGCUGUUUCAAGUGAAUAUGUUGGAUCCUGGGGAGGAGGAUCAUGAGUGGGUUGUUGAGACUAUUGGGAGGUUGAGUGGGGAAUUGGGGACAAAAGUGCGUUCGGGGGAGAGGGGUCAGGUUGUCGUUGAAUUGUAG